AUGCAGUUGUUGGAUGCCUAUUUACAAAAUUCAAGCCGCAGUGUUAUUGAGUCGGGUGAGAAGCGCUAUUCAAGUGUGCGCAGUCUCCCCUCUUCUGAGAGUUGGGACUCCCAGCCAGCCACAAUACACGGUUAUCAGCUCUCAUAUCUCAAUCGAAUUGCAAAGGACAGAGGUUUUGAUAAUUUGAACGGUCAAAUGGAGUCACCAGCCCUAACAUCCGCUUCUUCAUUGGGUGCUGCAAACUACAGAGAUUCACUUGCAUUUACCAUGGGGCAGAAGUUACAAAAUGGGUUAGGCUCUGGUCAGGCCUCCAGUUUCCAAAAUCUUACAGUAUCUAGAAAUAGUCCGUUGCAAUCUGAAAGACCGUAUUAUGAUCUGCGCCCUUCUGGAAUUGCUGAGAAUGUGGUAAGUCCAGCAAAUGCAAAGAAAUACCAUAGUUUACCAGACAUUCACCGGGAUCUUUACAUGCCGGAGAAAAUUGCCAACUGGGAAAGUCCUGUGGGGUAUGGAUCAUCUACUGGGAUAACAAAUUAUGAAUCAUCCUUGUAUUCAAAUUCUGGAGCACGAACAGGAGCUCCUUUGGCAUUCGAUCAACUCUCUCCAUCACAAGUCUACAGAGAUGCUUUUUCAUCACAGCAAAAUUCUAGUUUUAACACUGGAUCCCUCUGGUCUAGACAGCCUUUUGAGCAAUUUGGUGUAGCUGAUAAUAAUCGUACUAUUGGGAGUGGAGGAUUUGGUUAUCGGGCAGGUUCUGUAAGUCAAGAAGCUACUUCAGUUGCAGAUUCAGAGGCCAAGCUUCUUCAGUCUUUCAGGCAUUGCAUUGUGAAACUUUUGAAAUUGGAAGGAUCUGACUGGUUGUUUACGCAGAAUGAUGGCGUUGAUGAGGAUCUAAUUGAUCGCGUGGCUGCAAGGGAGAAAUUUCUUUAUGAAGCUGAAACUAGAGAGAUGAAUCGAACAGUUCACAUGGGUGAGCCUCAGUACCAUUCUUCUGAUAGGAAGUCUGUUUCUGCAAUGAAGAAUAAUGAUGCAAAUUGCACCUCUUUUAUGGUUCCUACUUGUGGAGAGGGUUGUAUUUGGAGAUCAGAUUUGAUAGUAAGCUUUGGGGUCUGGUGUAUCCAUCGUAUUCUUGAUUUGUCACUCAUGGAAAGCCGGCCAGAGCUAUGGGGGAAAUAUACCUACGUCCUCAACCGACUUCAGGGGAUUAUUGAUUCAGCAUUUUCAAAGCCUCGCACUCCAAUGUCGCCAUGCUUCUGCCUUCAAAUUCCUGCAGUACACCAGCUGAAGUCGAGUCCAUCUUUUUCAAAUGGAAUACCCCCUGCUGCAAAACCAGCCAGGGGAAAAUGCACAACGGCAGUAACGCUUCUAGACAUAAUCAAGGAUGUGGAGAUUGCAAUAUCUUGUCGUAAGGGCCGAACGGGGACAGCAGCUGGCGAUGUAGCUUUCCCGAAGGGAAAAGAAAAUCUGGCGUCUGUACUCAAACGCUACAAGCGUCGAUUAACCAACAAAACUGCUGGCACUCACGAGGGUACUGGUUCACGCAAGGUUCAGGCAUCUGCUCCUUAUGGAGUUCACAGGCUCCAGGCAGGUAUAUUUGCUUGCUUUUGCUUUGUUUGGAAAACCAAGGCACACCCAACACCACCACCAAGACACCCAAGAGUGCAGACAUUUCUUUGGCUGAAAAUCAAAAUGGGAUAUGUCGUGGUGGUAUCAGUUCCUGUGAUAUUGUUCAUCGUGAUUAUAGCCCUUGCUUUUUACCUCAUUGGUAGGGCAACCGGCCGAAGGGAAGCUUUCUCUGCUCCACAGCAUUUUGGGCCUCCAGUGCCUCCUCCACCACAGGCCCAGGAAAAGUCCGACCAGGUCUGA